AUGACGGAUGCUCCCCGAGCAGCCUUGCAGCAGAUAGGCCUGGCAGGCAUCAGCAAUGCCAUUGCAGCUUGCUUCACAAACCCGGUCGACGUGGUGAAGGUGCGCAUGCAGUUGGCGGGCGUUUCCCAAAUCACGAGCUGCAACGCGCAGACAGUUCUGAGCUCUGGCCAGAAGCUUCUUCAGCAGGAAGGCCUCUCUGGAUUGCAGCGAGGCCUUCGACCAUCAGUCCUGCGAGAGCUGUCGUACAGUGGCAUGCGCAUGGGCCUGUACGAGCCCGUGCGAGAGAAGCUGGCAGGUCUAGGGCAGCAGGAGCGGAGACAAAGGACUUCGCCGUUGAUGGUGAAAGUCCUGGCUGGAGCAAUCACAGGUGCUGUCGGCUCCGUAAUCGCGAAUCCUUUCGACCUUCUCAAAGUUCGCAUGCAAGGAGGAGGCCAGGGUCAAGCUCGCGCUUCUGUAGCAGAGGCACUGUCCGCAAUCGUACGUGAUGCGGGAGUGCGCGGGCUCUGGCGGGGGGCUGGCCCCACUGUGCAAAGAGCAACUCUGCUCACAGCCUCACAGGUGCCCAGCUAUGACCACGCCAAGCAUACACUACUUGAUUUAGGUCUUGUUCGGGAGGGCUAUGCAUGCCACUUCGUGUGCAGCAUGCUGGCGGGGGUCGUGGCUGCUGCGGUAACUAGCCCUGUCGAUUUGGCCAAGAGCCGAAUCAUGUCACAGCCGCUGGACCAAGGGACACAGCGCGGUGCACUUUACAGGAAUACAUGGGACUGCUUGACAAAGACUGCCGGCACCGAAGGAGUUGCAGCUUUGUUUCGAGGCUUUAACAUGCAGUGGAUGAGACUGGGGCCCCACACAACGAUUUCCUUAAUGUGCUUCGAGCAGCUGCGUUAUCUGGCUGGCAUGAACUUCCUGUAG